GGCAACCUUGAUGUAACCACAGAAAUAUUAUGGCGCUGGAGACGUGUAUAGCUUUUUUAUUAGCAGAUGAGUUAGACGCUGAAGAAUACGCCCACUUAAAAAAGCCUCUCACAACACGAGGAAUUAGAGGAGGUGAUGAUGACGAUGAUGACGAUGAUGAAGAUGAUGACGAUGAUGACGAUGACGAUGAAGACAAAAGGAGCUACUUCAGUGCUACAGUUCCCAGCCUCUCUGUCCUGGAUUUCCAGAAAUGCUUUCAGCUCACACAACCCCAAGUUGAAGAGUUGGUAAACUUGUUGUCACCUUGCGAAUGGACGACUCUUAAACUUGAAGGAUGGACUGUGAUGCAUGCGGUGCUUGCCAGUCUAUGGACUCUUUCCACUCUGGAGGCUCACAGCAGCGUCGCAGCCCGUUUUCACACCAGCGAGUCUCUAAUUCGCCUCCACCUGAAUGAUUUCUGCACCUUGAUUACAAACAACUUUGCCGAUCGUAUCCGCUGGCCCAAGUGGAAAGAAGCCGAAACUUCUGUGGCCGGAUUCUUAACUAACAUCGGUCUUCCUGGUACCGUUUGUGUGCUCGGUUCCUGCUCGAUUCCCAUUGACAGGCCUUCUGACGUGCCAGAUCCAGAGGUAUAUCGGGACUCUGUAGAAAACGCAUACUCUGUAACUCUCUUGGCUUUCUGCAACCAUCAGGGUUGCUUCACUUUUGUAAACGCAGAGCACCCAGGAAACUGGCAUAACUCCAGAGUCCUUCUAGAGACCGAAGUUGGAAAAGCUUUGCAAGAGGAUCCGCUGAACCUGCUACAUGGCAAGCAUGUAAUAGGAGACGGCACCUUCCCGCUGUCCGAACAUCUUCUCACGCCGUUUCCAGACUACGGGAUGCUAGGAGAGAAGAAGCUGCGUUACAAUUUAAGAGUUCAGGCGGCUCUUCGGGUGGUCCGAGGAUCCUUAAGUAGUCUGAGAUGCAGGUUUCAGCGGCUGAGGUGUUUGGAAGUGAAUUCUGUAAGCCAAACCCAUCUGGCUGUGAGGACUUGCUGUAUCUUAUAUAACAUGUAUUUAGAGACUGAUAAUGCUGCUACAGCUGAAGGUUUAGAAGAACAGGUGACUGAUCAGCCACCUUUUCACAAACUCCCCCAUGGCCACUCGGGCAGUCUUGGUGGAAUCUCUAAAAGACAGGACAUCGCCGCUUCACUUGGACGAAAGAGUAAAAAAAGGUGAAGGAAUGAUACAAAGGGAACAUUUAAAAAGAUUUUAUAUAUAUAUAUGGUAUAAGCAAUCAAGAUGUGAUUGAAGAUUUUUUUGCUUUAAUUCAAGGGGUUUAACAAAAAAUAUUGCAUUAACUGAUUAGGAAUUACAGCAGUUUCUUGCUUUAGAGUCCCUCCAAUUUCACAGGCUGAAAAGUAAUUGGACAGUUGACUGAUGAGCAGUUUCAUGGUCUCAUGAUCCAAAGCAUACCACAUCAUCUGUCAAACAUGGCGGAGGAAGUGUUAUGGCAUAGGAAUGUGUGGCUUUAAUUGAAUAAAGUAUAUGUCCGAUAUGAAGACAGACGGGUUGGUUUGAGUAUUUCAGAAACUGCUUGAGAUUUACACACACUACACUCUCUAGAGUUGUACGUUCUCAAAAUGGUACGUCCAGAAACACCUUCUUGACGAGAAAGACCAGAGGACUGGUUUUGUGCUGACAGGAAGGCUGCAGUAACUCGAACAAUCACUCUUUACAACCAUGGUGAGCAGAGAUCUUUCCAAUCUUCAACCCUCCAGUUUCAUUGAGAGCCAAAAGGGGAAACAUGAACAUCUUUGGCUCUGUUGGAUUGUUUUUGUUGCAGAACACAACUUCUUGAAAUCCUCCCCUUUAAAAAAAACUAAAAACAUUUCUAUGUAUUCUUCCACCUUAAAAUUAUGGGUGAUGCAAAACUUUUGUAAUCAUAUGCAUAGACGCAUACUAUAUAUAUAUAUAUAUGCAUGUAAAUAUAUUAAUAAACAUAAACAAAGCAGACAUGUUGUAAAUGCUCUUUAAAUUGUAUGAGAUCCUGUAAAUAAAUGUACCGUAAACUGAUACGAGACAGAAUUGUAAUUAUUGAUUAUACAUGCAAGUUGGAGAUUAUGGAUAUUUUUAAAAAUGUUAUUUCUAUUUUUAAAGAAAAUAAAUCUAAAUGCUUGUGCUCCCAUACUAGACGAUCUGUUGAUGUGAAAUAAAUGAAGAAUAAUAAAUGCAUUGCUACCCUCCUGUGGCAAAAUGUGAAAA